AUGCGUACGCUCCUCAAGAUGUUACCACUAUCACUGCUUGUCUCGACUCUAGCAGUCGCGCAGAAUUCGUCCUAUUUUCAACCAAACUCAACGGGGGUCAAGCUGCAGAAUGGGUUUGAGCGUGUCUUUGUGCAGCCUUUUGGAAACCACGCUUUCCGCGUUCGCGCGAGCCUCAUGCAUGAUCCUUCGGGCACAGAGCCCUCAGCCUUGUUAGACCCGCCUCUCGAAGGUCCCGGUGGUCAAGCAGGUCUCGAUAUCUCGAGUACCAUCCCGUAUGCCGGCAACGCCACCAUCCGCAAUGGCGAUCUUGUCGCCGAAUUCAACCUCGGGGUCCUGUCAUUCUACCGCGUAGAGCCGAAUGGAACCCGAACCUUACUCACGGCAGAGUACACGGACGAUAAGGCGCUUCCGGCGAGGUAUUAUGUUCAGGAGUUCAGGAGCAGUAGUUUCGAGGCCCAGUUUAGCUUCUUGUCGGAUACCGGAGAGGGAAUUUACGGUGCGGGCCAACAAGCUUGUUGUAGGGAUGAGAGCGUGAAUAAGAAGGGAAGUACGGUGGACCUGUUGAACUUCAAUUCUCAGGUGCCAAUUCCAAUGUUCAUGUCGGACAAGGGGUAUCUUAUGUUCUUCAACUUUCCUGGUCAAGGACGAAUGGAAUUUGGUCAUUACAAAACCCGCUUCGUCGCUGAAGAAGCAACCGUCAUCGACUACUACAUCACUACGGCCUCGCCAGGAGACUAUGAUACUUUGCAAGAACAGUAUACAGCUGUGACAGGAAGACAACCUACACCUCCUGACUUUAUCCUCGGCUUCCAGCAGUCGAAGUUGAGGUACUACAACCAGAGCCAGGUGAUAGAUGUGGCGCAACGCUUUCAUGACGAGCAAAUCAACCUCAGUAUGAUUGUCGUCGAUUUCUUCGCUUGGAAAUUCCAAGGCGAUUGGUCGUUCGAUCCAUCACUCUUCCCUGACCCUGCAGGCAUGGCAGCUCAAGUCAAGAAUCUCACCGGAGCGGAGAUGAUGGUCUCCCUUUGGCCUUCCGUGGAGAACCUCUCGCGGAACUAUCUGGCCUUGCAGAAGAAUGGAUGGCUAGUGACAACAAGAGAUGGGACGGGAGUAACGGAUCAGUUCGCAGGCGUGUACACCAGGCUUGUAGAUUCUACAAAUCCCGGGGCAAGAGAGUUCCUGUGGAAAACAUUGAACGACAGCUAUUUCUCGAAGGGAAUCCAUAACUUUUGGAUCGACCAAGCGGAUGGAGGCACCCUUGGAGAACCUUUCGAAAAUAACGGUGACCUCAUUACCCAGAUCCCUUACGCGCGUUCUUUUGCCCAGUACUUCGUCGGCACACAGACAUCUGCUGGCAAGCUCUAUCCAUGGCUUCACCAAGCCGCCAUAAACGAAGGGCUUCACAACCUCACUGAACAACCUCUUACAUCCUCUUCCUGUGAAUACAUGUCACUCACGCGGAGCACGUUCGCUGGUGGCCAAAGGUAUUGCAGUUAUCUGUGGAGUGGAGAUACGGAGAGUAAGUUCGAAGUGCUCUUGCAGCAAAUUACGGCAGGGGUUAGUGUCAGCGCCAGUGGGAUUUCGAGUUGGACGUUGGAUAUCGGCGGAUUUGAGGGUUUGAAUGUGGAUUCUGAGGAGGGGAGGGAGUUGUUCGUGAGGUGGUUGGCGAUGGGGACCUUUUUGCCUUACAUGCGUGUACAUGGCGAUCGGUCUUGCAACAUUCCUGCCAAUGCAUCGAUCUUCAAUGGCAACAACUGUCCCAACGAGCCUUGGUCAUACGGAGAGGAUAACUUCCCUAUUAUCAAGAUGUACAUAGCCCUGCGCUAUCAAUUGGUCCCCUACGUCAAGGCCCUGUUCCAAAAGCUGUACGACACGGGGCGGACCAUCAUGCGCCCCUUGUACUACGACUUUUCUCUGAGCGACGAGUUCGUCGUCAACGCGACCAAAGCAAAUGACCCCUUGGUCACGCAUCAAUUCAUGCUUGGACCUCGAAUUCUCGUGUCGCCCGUUGGCGUCCAGGGCGCCACGUCCAAGAUUGUAUAUCUGCCUCGCCUCAACGAUGAGCAGAUGGCCCAGAACUUCAGUUGGACACACUGGUGGAGUGGAAAGGACUUCGGUCAAGGAGGUAUAAGCGUGGAUAUCAGUGCGCCGCUGGACCAGAUCCCCGUAUUUUUCCUCGGAAGCAAGGACGAUAUCAUGUCGGGCGAUAUCUGA